AUUGUUUUAACCUUACAUUUUAUCGCGAUUAUAAAUAUCGAAAGAAGAACGAAGCCGAAAAACGUGUUGUUCGUUGUUCUUUAUUACAUUAUUGUAUUAUUAAGUGUCUAAAGAAAUAUUAUUAUUACAAUGUUCUUAAGCAAUAAUUCACCGGUUUCGGCAUUUUCUGUAUACAAAACUAACACUAAAAAGAAAAGGAAAAACAAGCAAACACAUAGGGAUUCUGUACCAGAUCCUCCAUCAAAGAAACCGAAGAAAACACUUGUAAAUGUGAAUAAUCCAGAUAAAAUUUCUGUUGCUAAAGAUAAAGUUGUUGUUAAUAAAAAAAAUAAAAAUAAAGAGCAAAAAAUUGAAGGGGCAAAAAAAGAAAAGAUAUCACAUGGUACAACUUUUAACACUCUUUCAACACCGAUUAGCAUUGAGAAAACGGAGAAUAAGAAGAAAUUACUAGAAAAUGCUGAAAGUAUUAAAAACAAAGCUAAAACCAAAUUGAAAAGACAAAAACCGUCAUUCAAUGGAACAAAUGAAAUGGAAUAUAAUAUUUUAAAUGGUGAAAAUGAUAGUGAAGAAGUGCCAACAUUAAUUCCAAUAGAUACAACGGACUAUGGUUCCGAAAAUAAUUCUAGCAUUGCAAAAUGCAUUUCUGAAUUGAAUAAAACUGACCCAUCUCCUGAAGGCUUAAAAUUGUUUAAAUGGUUAAUAUCACCUUUAAAACCUAGUGCCUUUUUUGACAAAUACUGGGAAAAAGAACCUGUUCUUGUGCAAAGAAACUCAAGUUCAUAUUACAGUGAUAUUCUAACUACAGAAAGGUUAGAUAGUAUUUUCAGAGAAUUUCCUUUGUACUAUACAAAAAACGUAGAUGUGGUGUCAUAUGAAAAUGGAGUAAAGGAAGUACAUAAUGAAGAAGGCAGGGUGGUAGCUUCUGGUUUAUAUGAUUAUUACUCAAAUGGUUGUAGUAUUAGAGUUCUUAAUCCUCAUACAUAUGAUCAAAAAGUUCAUAUACUACUGUCAACUCUUCAAGAGUAUUUUGGAACAAUGGUUGGUGCUAAUAUAUAUUUGACACCACCUGGCAGUCAGGGUUUUGCUCCUCAUUAUGAUGAUAUAGAAGCUUUUGUCAUUCAGUUGGAAGGACGGAAGCAUUGGAAAUUGUAUAAGCCUAGAGGUAGUGAUAUAUUAGCAAGAUAUUCUAGUCCCAACUUAAAAUAUGAAGACAUUGGAGAACCUUUUAUGGAAGAAACUUUAAAUGCUGGUGAUAUGUUAUAUUUCCCUAGAGGUACUAUUCAUGAAGGCAGAACUGAUCCAGAUUCACAUUCUUUUCACAUCACAGUUUCAGUUUAUCAACACAAUUCUUAUGCAGAUUUACUUGAACACGCCUUGCCUGCAGCACUAAAGAAGGCUGCCCUAGGAAAUUUAAAUUUCAGGAAAGGCCUUCCUCUUAAUUACUUAAAACACACUGGUUAUGUAAAUAAAAAGAUAAAAUCCAAAGAAAGGAAACAUAUAGUGGAAAAUGUGAAAAAGCUCAUGCAUUCUCUGACAGAUUACAUAGAUGUUGAUUCAGCAGUUGACAAUCUUGGUCGUAAAUUUAUGUAUGACUCUAUGCCUCCAGUUUUGUCAAAGCAAGAAGUAAACUUUACUUCAAAAUAUGAUGGCGAUUUCAUGAAAGAUGGGAAAAUUCUCAAUAGAGUUGAAAUUGCAAUGGAUACUGAAGUAAGAUUGCUGAGGUAUUUCUGUAUGCGACUAGUUGUGGAAGAAGAUUCACCAAAAAUCUACUACAAUACAGAAAAUGCCAAAUAUUAUCAUGGUGAAGAAGAACAGUUCCUUAUAAUCGAUCCCAGUCUGAUUCCUUGUAUUGAAAAAUUGCAAAGAAUUUAUCCUAAGUUUAUAGAAGUUGAGAAAUUAACAGAAAAUAACAUUGCCAAAGCACAAUUGGUAGCCGAUUUAUGGGAAAGGGGGUUGUUGGUCACUAAUGGCCCUUUGCCUCCAGAUUCUGAUGAUGAAGAAGAUACUGAUGAGGAUGAAGAUGUCAGCAGUUAUGAAGAAAUAGAAUAGAUAAUAUAUAUUAGAUUUUAAAUUAAAAAAAUUCAGAAUUUGCUUUCUUAUUAUUUUUGCAAGAUAGGUAAAGUGGACAGUGGAAUUUGGAGUCAUUAAAGAAAUGGCGGUAAAUAUCGUUUGAACUGCAACUUAGACUACUGAAUAUGGAGCAAACAUUUCCAUCACUUGCUAAAGU